UUAAGAUGAUGGUGAUGGUUGUUAUCGUCUUCACCAUGUGUUGGCUGCCAUUCAACGUGCUGGUGAUUCUACUCAACGAUGAUGCCUUCAAAAUCUGGGAGCCGUUGCCAUACUUCUGGUUUGCAUUCCACUGGCUGGCCAUGUCGCAUAGCUGCUACAAUCCGAUCAUCUACUGCUAUAUGAAUGCGCGUUUUCGCGGUGGUUUCCUGCAGAUUAUUUAUCGUGUGCCAGGUUUGCGACGUUGUUGUUGCCUGCGGCGUUAUUUGCAGAAUCGUGGCGAACGAAAUUACGAUGCUACUGGUGAGAUGACCUUCAAAUUCAAUGCUGGCACGGACGACACAUUCCACUUGCAGCGAGUAAACACAUCAACUACCUACAUAAGCACCCGGAAAAAACUACGAACGAAUUCUAUGCAAAUGAGUCAAUUUUCAUGUGCGGAGGCCACAGUGUUGCGGUAGUGCCAGCCCCAUAGAUGUAGCCAGUCUCAUGUUGCCGCACCGCCCACGAGAGAGACGCUUCAGCCGCCCAUUAAUACAAGGCACUACGUGUGAUGGAAAUUUUAAAUAAGAACACACACACACACACACAUGUAUUCAUACAUAUACAUAUACACACACGGAGAGGCUAAGCUCAGUCACAAAUGCGUGGCAGGCAGUUUAGCGGCAUAUGGAAAACUGUAAGCAGAUUUACAAUUUAAUUUUGCAAUUCAAAACACACACGUGCUUACAAAUACAUACAAACAAAUGUGUGCUUUUGUAACAUUAACAUAUUCAGCAAGCGUUUACGUAGACAAACCUGAAAUCAGGAACAAUUUUAGAUAGUCCAAAAAAAAAAA